GGAGGAGGUGCCACGUCAGUACACACCUGGACACGGGAGCUACGGUUACCGUCGGUGAGCAGCGCUAGUGUGACCAUCUUCAGCAACUUGAAGCCACAUUAACCCCAGCCAGGACCAUCACACCAUGAACACCUUCACCAUCUUCUCUCUCCUGUGCCUCGUUAUCGCCAGCUGCUCUGGGUUGCGUUGUUUUCCCUGUGAGCAGAGGUCAACUCCGUGCCCAGACCCCAGUACCCUGAGCUGUCCGUGGGGCACCGUCAAGGACAUCUGCUACUGUUGUGACAUCUGUGGCAAGGGCCCCGGGGAGGAGUGUGGUGGAAUGUGGAACAUGUUCGGGAAAUGCGGUCGCUGUCUCGUCUGCAAGAAGGAAAGUGAACAUGCUAAAGGAACUUGCGUCCCAGGAGGUUGUUGAGGACGCGCGCCAUCUGCCGCCACGACCUCCGAACUGGUCGAGUGAUCCUCCCGUCAAGACAACGACUGGCAACCCAUGAAACUACCACGAUUACCACUAUGCUUAGAAAUUGUCCUAUUUUUACAACCUGUCUUCAGGGUUUGCUCGUUCAAGCGGCGGCAGGCCCUAAGACGCAUUCUUAAAUUUUUAAUGUAAUGUGUUUUAAAUUUGGUAUUUUCUUACAUAUAAAACAAACUAUUAUAUUUGAAUUCUGUACUUAUUUCGGCAUUGGCUCGUUUAAAUAUUUAAGUUCUGUUGGCAAUUAUUUGUAUUUGUAGUAUGUGGUUGAAGGACUUACAGAAUUACGAUGUGAACCGAGAGAAUAACCUAUGCCUACUGUUCGAGAAAUGCUCGAACGUCAUCAGCUGCGAGUCGUGUACUGUCAGCCCGCC